UUCGACCCGUGGACUUGACGCGGUUUCAUGAGGGCUUUUCGGCAGUUGGCCGUACAAAUACUCCAAUUCAGAGGCGAAAUGUGUGAACCCUUGAAGACCAAAGUGCUGCGUUUGCCACCGGCCGGCGGCGACGGACCGUUUGUUCCGGAGGAGCCCCGCGCAGAUGUCGCCGCCGUCCUGAGCCGCACGGCGACGGCCCUGCGGGACGGCCGCGUGGUGGCCGUGCCCACCGACACCAUCUACGGCCUGGCGUGCCUGGCCCAGAACUCGGCCGCCGUGCGCCGCAUCUACGACAUCAAGGGGCGCGACGAGCAGAAGCCUUUGGCCAUUUGCGUGGGCGAAAUCCACGACAUCUACAAGUACUGUCGGGUGAAGGUGAAGGAGGACCUGCUCCGCGACCUCCUGCCGGGUCCGGUCACGCUGGUGCUGGAAAGGUCGCAAGUGCUCAACAGAGAGCUCAACCCCUUCACCGCGCUCGUCGGCGUCCGCAUCCCGGACUGCGCCUUCAUCCGUCGUCUUUGUCAGAUGUGCGGCGAGCCUCUGGCGCUGACCAGCGCCAACGUCAGCGCGCAAAGCAGCACCGUGGCCGCCCACGAAUUUGAAGAUCUUUGGCCCGAGCUGGCCGUGGUGGUGGACGGAGGGCCGAUAGGAGACCGGAGCCGGCUGGGCUCCACCGUGGUGGACCUGUCCGCGCCCGGCAGGUACCGGAUCAUCAGAGCCGGCCGCGCCUUUUCCUCAACCGUGGACGUGCUGGAGGGCAAGUACGGACUGGCCUCGGAGGAGUUGGGAUGACCGUCCGAAUGCCGGGGGGCAACGCGAUCGAGCGCUUCUUCUUUCCAAACGGCGAGGGGGCCAGGCGCAUCUUUUAG